AUAUAUGCGACUUCAGAGACUGGCCUAUUGCAGAACGUGGGUCACUUAGCAGCAGUGGCCACCAGGAAAGUCUUUCGCCAUGGCUAGCGCUUCCAUCGCCACAGCUGUCUUCAUCGUGGCUAUAGCUGUCGUAACCACCAGCUGUGACGACUGGCCGUUCAGCACUAAUGUCGCCUGCGAGAACGACGACGGCUUCCCACCCGUGUGCAUAGAACCGUGUGCACGAAGAGGCUUCGAACUGGCGCGCUGCGUCAACAGGGAGUGCCGAUGCAACACCGACGCCGUGGACACGAAUGAGCCGUGUUCUGCCAGCGACGGCUACCCAUCUCCCUGCUGUGGCUUCUGCAUGAAGCUGCUCAACUACUCCAGGGCCAGCUGCGUCAACGACAGGUGUCGCUGUCUGCCCUGAUCCACUCUUACAGCUGUAGCCUGCGUGUGCAAUGUAUCUUUCACAGUCUAAAAUAAAACAUUUCGUACCCUGAA